UUGGAGUAUUUUGCCUUUAGUUUCAUUUCCUUGAACAUGUAGGUUUUCUUUUGUGUCUCUUGGUUUCUUGAUCAUUUUUGGGUUUUGGCUUUGUCUACUAAGGAUCCUUUUUUUAGAUUUUAAAAUAGGAAUUUAAUCUAACUCAGGAAGGCCAGUAAAAAAAGGAAGUGUUUAUACUUUGAGUUGUAGGCAUAAAUUACUUUGAUAAAAGGGUUUAAAGAAAAUUCCUCUCUGACAGAACUCUUCCAUUGGAAAGAACUCUGAAAGAAAUGAAGAAAGCUCUCAGAAAUGAAGUUGAUUCGUCAAGACCCAUGGCUCUCUUUUGAGUGGACUGGAACUUUGUUGAUGCAGUUUUUUAUCAUGGCACUGUGCCAGGUACCUUCUGCAGUCAUCAUCCAUCAGGUGGAAGAGGCACUCGAUGAAGAUGAGAGGGAGAGACUGCUAUUUUUGUGCCGGGAUGUCGUUACAGAUGAGGUUCUACCUAAUGCCAGGGACCUUUUGGAUACUUUACGUGAAAGAGGGAAGCUGUCUAUCCUGGACUUGGCUGAGCUGCUCUACAGAAUGGGGCGGUUUGACCUACUUAAGCGGAUCCUAAAGAUGGACAGAAGAACAGUGGAAGCCCACCUGCAUGGGAACCCGCACCAUCUUGUUUCGGACUAUAGGGUGCUCAUAACAGAGAUUGAUGAGAAUUUGGCUAAAUCUGAUGUGUCCUCGUUAAUUUUCCUCAUGAGGGAUUACAUAGGCCGAGCUAAGACAGCAAAGGACAAGAGUUUCUUGGAUCUGGUGAAUGAAUUGGAGAAACUGGAUUUGAUUUCUCCAGAUCAGCUGAAUUUAUUAGAAACAUGCCUGAAGAAUAUCCACAGAGUAGAUCUGAAGAUAAAAAUACAGAAAUAUAAACAGUCUGUUCAAGAAUCAGGAACAAAUUCUCUGAGCCAUUCUCUAGUCUCUGUCUCCAGCUGGAAUCUCAAGGAACCUUUAAGGAAUGGAAGAAACAAAGAACAAAGACUUGCAGAAUAUCAUAUCAUCCAAAAAAAACCUGUGAAGAUGCCCAUUCAGGAAUCAGGAGCUUUUUUGCUUCAGCCCAAGACUCAAGAAAGAUACAGAAUGCAGAGCAAGCCCCUGGGAAUUUGUUUGAUAAUCAAUUGCACUGGUAAUGAUACAGAAGAUCUUCAACGUGCCUUCACAUCCUUGGGUUAUAAAGUCCAGUGUUUAUCCUAUCUUCAAGCAGAAGAUAUAUCCCAAGCACUGCACAGAAUGGCCUGUAUGCCCCAACACCAAGACUAUGACAGCUUUGUCUGUAUCCUGGUGAGCCGAGGAAGCUCCCAGAGUGUGUUUGGUGUGGACCAGACUCACUCAGGGCUUUCCUUGGAUCAGAUCAGGAGGACGUUCACAGGAGAUGCAUGCCCUUACCUCAUAGGGAAACCGAAGCUCUUCUUCAUUCAGAACUAUGAGGUGUUGGAGGGCCAGCUGGAAGACAGCAACCUCCUGGAGGUGGAUGGCCCAGCAAUGAACAACGAGGAAUCCAAGGUCCUGAAUCCUGAGCCCUACAUGGUUCACCAAGAAGCUGACAUAUUCUGGAGUCUGUGUAGAGCAGAUGUGUCUCAUUUGGAAGAGACUUUCAGCUCACACUCUGUAUACCUGGAGAAUCUCUCCCGGCAGCUGGAGCAAGGAAGAAAACGCCCACUUGUGGAUCUCCAUGUGGAACUCACCAACAAAAUAUACGAUUGGAACCGCAGAGUUUCUGAUAAGGAGAAGUAUCACCUCAGUCUGCAGCACACUCUGAGAAAGGAACUCAUCCUGUCUUGUAUAUGAAAAUCUAAAGCCAGACAGGUGCUGGUGAUUCAAGCCUGUAAUCCUAGCUACUCAGGAGGCUGAGAACUGAGA